UGUGUGUCAUUUGUCGUGUAAACGGUCAACGGUCGCUCGCGAUGCCAUCGUAAGAUUGUAGUGUAGCAUUAGGGAAUCAGUGUACAAAUAAAAAACAUGUAUUUAAUUCGAUUUAUAGAAAUUCUAGGAACCACUCAAGAAAACUGAUAACAAAUGUUUGAUCAUUGUCAUGUGAAGUGUGAUUCUUAUUGUCCUUGGAUUAUAAAACAAUUAUCUGUCGACACUUGAGAAUAAUCGAUUUAUAAGAUUUUGAUUCUUAUUUCAUAUCGAGAUUUGAUAUCAUCUUACGAUAAAAAAAAAUUCAAAGCAUGCGUCAGUGUCAGUCAUUGUUUGAAUCAGUCGAUUUUAAUGACAAAAAAGUGCUGUUAAUAUGAUGAAAAUUAAUUCGAUCUUUAUAGGAAGAAUGCUGAAUAGUGCAACGAAACACGUCCUACACUGCUGUCUACUACUUAUCGUUAUAAUUGUUUUUGAAUUAGUUUCCGGUGGAAUUAGAUGGAACAGUGAUAAAAAAGAACAAUUAGACCCAUGGGUUCAAUAUGGAGUUGUUGGUACAAUAACUCUGUACCUAUUACGAACGCUUACGUUUCUUUCAUUUCCUCAAGUUUUAUUCAAUUUUAUCGGGUUGACCAUUUACAACGCAUUCCCAGACAAAGUUGUGUUAAAAGGUUCGCCACUGCUAGCGCCGUUCAUCUGCAUUAGAAUAGUGACGCGUGGAGACUACCCACAACUAGUGAAAGCAAAUGUGAACAGAAACUUAAACAAGUGUAUAGAAACAGGCUUAGAGAAUUUUCAAAUUGAAGUAGUAAGCGAUAAACCGAUUGGAUUAUCCCCUCAUCGAAGAGUCAGAGAAGUUGUUGUACCACCUAAUUACCGCACAAGUAGUGGUGCUAUGUUCAAAGCACGUGCUUUGCAGUAUUGCUUAGAAAAUUCAGUAAACGAAUUAGCGGAUCACGAUUGGAUUGUGCACCUUGACGAAGAAACUUUAUUAACCGAAAAUUCUAUUCGUGGAAUACUGAAUUUUGUAUUAGAUGGAAAACAUGAAUUUGGCCAAGGACUAAUAACGUAUGCAAAUGAAGAUGUUGUUAAUUGGAUCACCACUUUAGCAGAUAGCUUUAGAGUAGCAGAUGACAUGGGAAAAUUAAGAUUACAAUUCACUAUGUUUCAUAAGCCAUUCUUUAGUAUGAAAGGUUCCUAUGUUGUUACUCAGAUGGGUGCAGAAAGGCAAGUUUCUUUCAACAAUGGAUUGGAUGGGUCUGUCGCAGAGGAUUGUUUCUUUGCGAUGAAAGCAUUUGCCCAAGGAUAUUCGUUCAACUUCGUGGAUGGUGAAAUGUGGGAGAAAUCACCGUUUACAUUAUGGGAUUUUAUACAACAAAGAAAAAGAUGGUUACAAGGUAUAUUACUUGUCGUACAUUCCAAAGCUAUUCCAUUAAAUAAAAAGAUACUUCUAGGCAUAUCUUGUUAUUCAUGGGUAACAAUGCCUCUUUCUACUUCGAAUGUUGUAUUAGCUGGACUUUAUCCCAUUAUUUGUCCGCCAUUUAUAGAUUUUCUAUGCGCUUUCAUUGGUGCAGUGAAUAUUUACAUGUAUGUUUUUGGAGUAGUUAAAUCGUUUUCUUUGUAUCGAUUUGGUAUUGCUCGGUUUAUACUAUUUAUAUGUGGAGCAUUAUCAACGAUUCCUUUCAAUUUGUUCAUUGAGAACGUUGCUGUCAUAUGGGGUGUAUUUGGCAAGAAACAUAAAUUCUAUGUUGUUAACAAAGAGUACAAACUACCAGUAACAGCAUAAUAAAGAAUUACAAUUUUAUUCUACAUAUAGCUUACAUGAGUGCUCAUGCAUUAUUAGUAUCUGUAAGUUUAUAUAAGUAGAGAUAUCUUUAUGUCACAAAGAAUCAUAUGACAUAUGCAUGUAUUUAUAUUGCCUAGUAAUCAUUAGAAUAUUAAGAAAACAGUAUAUGCAUAUAUAUAGGUACAUACCUAUUUAUAUAUUCAAAUCAUUCAUGAAUUAUCAAAUUAUUUAUUUCGAAGAGUUUUAAUUGUUAAAAAAAAUAAAACAUUCUUCAAAAAGUCAUAAAUUUGUAACUAUGCUAUGAUUCUUAUAAAAUCUAAUAUUGUACUUAAUGACUGCAAUUAUAUGAUAAUAUUUGUAUUUGUAUGUAAGAAAUUUAUAAAAAAUUUUACCUUGUAAAAAUUAUAACAAUUUCGAGGGAGAAAUUUAAUAAUUCAAAAGUCACUCUUAUUAAUUUAGAUUUUAAAUCACGAUUUUGCGAAUGAAAAUAUUCUUAUUCUAAUAUAUUUAUUGUCUAUUAUCCCUUAGCAGUAUUUUUAGUUUAACAAAAUAUAUAAUAUUCUUUAUUAUGUCAACAAAUUAGUUGUGUUCAAUAGUUUACCUAUAGUUUGCAUAAAUCAAAACAAGUUAAUUUGAUAUAUUGUUCCUUCAACAUAGUAAUGUAAGUAGGUAACCUGUAAAAUUAUAAGUUUCAUUUCAUAAUACCUUAAAUACAUGUAGAGUACAUUACUUAUAAUACAUGAGUACUUAAUAUGAGAAUAAUGAUUUAAUAUUUACUUCUAGCAAUAUUAAUAAAAAUUUGAAUUUAAACUUUUUUACAUGUAAAAAAAUCUAUAAAAUCAAACAAAUUUAUUUGCUUACCUAAAUUAUAAAACGACUGCAUGAUUUUUAUUGAGAAGAGGAGUAAGAACACUACGAAUGUAGAAUACAUUACGCAUUAUACUAAUGUAUGUAAACACAAACUGAUUAUAUAAUACUAAUUGUAAGUUUGAAAAAAAUGAUUGUUAUAUAGGCGUAUUCCGUUCUUACCGCACGAAAGUCUCAAUAAGAUAUUUAAAAAAAAAGCACGGAUUGCUCUUAUUUAUUUAAUUGUUGUGUUAAUAUGUAAUUGUAACGUUAACACGAACUGAUAUAGUGAUAUUCUUAAUUUCGUGGGUCUUUCAAGCGACUUACAAGUGAAAAAAGGUUCUGACCGUUUUAAAGCAACGGCACAGAGUAGAAUUUAACGUAAAUUCAAAGUACGCCUGUACCUAUAUGAAAGAUAAAUUAUUGUUUCUUUUGUAUUGCUUAUUUAUUCUAAAGUCAGUCAUAAAUUACCUAAGAUCUAAACAAUAAUUUAAUGAUGUAUAGUAACUCUGAAUAAAUAAAUGUAUAUAAUAAAUAUAAAAAACAUUAUGAAUGGAAGAUCUCUUGAAUAAUAAUCUUUCU